AUGGUAAACGAAGAGGAGGAAGAAACAUAUUACCAUGGUACACAAUUGCAUUAUGAUGAUAAAUUUACGCAUGGUUUGGAGGGGGAAGUUGGGCAUACACCUAUGGGGAAAAAUGUUGAUCCGUCGACAGACGUGAGUCGACAUCACAAAAAAACAGUCACUCCUAUUGUUAGGCUACAACGAACGUGGGGUGCUUCAUUGUAUCAGCAGACAUCAUUCACAGUGAUGGAAUCAAUACCAAAAUUGAAGAAAAUCAUCAAACCAAGGAAAAAAGUAGUAGAUUGUCCCGAAAAAACAAAUGAAGACAUUGUGAAUGAAAACAUUAGUAAUAUUUCAAAGCAUAUACUGUUAGAUAGCCUAUAUGCUGCUAGUACAUUGGGUUUUUAGAAAGAAUGGAAUAUGACCUCUUCCAACCUCAACACUAAACACAUGCUCCAUAUACUCCCACUGGAUGUGGAGUUUUGGUCAAGGUUACUUGCAGUUACUGGCUCUGAGUAGUUAAUUUUUUCGCAUAUUGCAAUACGUAAUGCCUUGCUCAUAGAAAGACAGUCGUCGAAUGCAAGGUGGAUGAUAUACCCUCAAAAACUCAAUUUGCAACCCAAAAUAGAUUUUUUUUAAGGAAUGUAGCAAAUGGCUUUGGAGGC